GACAGCGAGAGGCGGCGCGCGUGCUCCGUAUCGUGUCACAUCCGGGUUUCUUAGCAGAAGCCGCGGACGCGAACUUCGGGUGGAGCUGCGGUAUUUCUGAUGCCCAUUAUGGACGCAGAUAAGAGCACAGGAAAGGACUUUGAAAAUGUGGAGCUGGGAGAUCAGAUGAGGAAUCCACAGCAAAAGUUGCCACGUCGGACCAUAUACUUCGCCGGUGGGGAAACCAUGGAAGAGUACAGCACAGAUGAGGAAGAGGAGGAACCAGAGAAGAAGGAUCUCAUACCUAACGUAGACCCUUCAAAGCUGACGUGGGGGCCAUACUUCUUGUUUCAUAUGUGGAGAGCGGCCAUGUCCACUGUGUCCAUUUGUGACUACUUCGGGGAGAAGAUGUCCUCGCUGCUGGGCAUCACAACGCCCAAAUACCAGUACGCGAUUGACGAGUUCUACAGGAUCAAAAAAGAGGAGGAAGAGGAAGCAGAGGAGAACAAGCUGUCAGAGGAAGCAGAACGUCAGUUCAACGAGAAGCUUGGCCCGGAAGACAAGCAGCCAAUGACAGAGCAGCCAGAGAGCUCUGCCUCCUUUGUUAAAGUGACCUUUGACCUGCAAGAUGAGAUGCGCACUUCGCUGGAAAUGAACAUGGUCUCCGCACCCAUCCCCACCUAGGCCCUCAGUGACCUCCCCAGCUUGGUUUUCAUCAUAUGUGCAGCUUGCCAGUCUUUAUCCUCAUAUCGGUGCUGUUCUAAAACGGCAGCUGUAGAACACGAUCAGGGUGUGUCAUUGUGCUGGGUACAGCGUAUGGUUGACCUGCCAAAAGGGCUGUCUGUAAUACAUGGGAUUUAAGGUCCCGCGGGUGUCAGAGCUGUUCUGAAAGCCUUUUAAUUUCAUUUUCGUGUUUGAUAAAAUUCCUGCAGUCCUUGUAACGUUCCAAAGGACUGACUUCCAGAUGUGUUUCAUUAUCAUUUGCUUUUCUUCAGGUAUUUUGUAACUGAUGUUGCGUUGACCUUUUUCUGUACAUAACCAUUUGCCACACUGAUGCUGCGGCUCUGCCAGCAGCCCCGUUUCCAUGACUCCGCCUCAGGGGAACCGUUCAGCCGAGCCCCUCUACUCUUUGGGUUCUCGGCUGCCAUACUUCUCCCCCUGGACAAUGGGAGAAAACGAAGACCCCGGAGGGAAGAGAGACUGACUGCUUCGCCUGCAUCAUGUUCGCUUAAAUAAAUGGUCAAAAGCGGCCAAGGAUCCAGGUCUAUCCUUAACAUGUUGAACUUCAUCAUUAGUGAAGACUGGUCAGAGCCAAGUAUAGUUCAAUUUUUUUUCUAUUAUAUCACAGAAAAAUUAAACUUGUUUUAUUUAUGUAUACAUUUUAAACUAAAAGCUUUAUAACUGCGAAAAGAUGCAUUUAUUUUAUAUAAUAUACAUAUUAAUAAAUUGAAUCAUAUGCGUA